AUGACUCAGUCCAGGUUCUCAACCGUUAGCGGAAGCCCUUCUGUCGCUUCUUCGGACCGCACUCUAGCCAACCUGCCCAGCGGCGACCCCCGUCUGGCCGAAUUCCACAAUCUACGCGACGGACUGGAACGACUGGAGAACAAACCGCUUCAAAAGCAACGCUUCGUGCCUACCGCCGAAAAGACCGACAACCUGGACAGACUGGCGCUCGGCGCUAAGGUCGAACGAGCACUAGACCGGCGAAUGACCGGCCAGGAUGCCGUUAUGCGAAAGCCCGUGCUGGAUGAGAAGGCGGCCCUCGAAUCUUCGGCCUCCCCAUAA